AUGCAAAGGAGAUCUCAAGGACCUCCUACUCACUACAUUGACCAAGAAAUCAACCGCACUUUGAGACAAGUUCGAAGACUUUAUCGAAAAGAGGGACGAGGUCUUGGUGCUAUUUUUGAUAGUGAGAGUGAAUCUUGGUCUUCAAGCUCUCAAAGCGAAGAAUUGGCGAGGCAAGAGAAUGAUGUUUUGUUUCGUGAGUUUGGAAAUCCCGAGGAUUAUCAGCUCACGGGAGGGAUUUUGCUACCCGUUACGGAAACCAACAUUACCAUCCAUCCUCAAUACACUAGAAUGUCUCUUUCGGAUAGGGCAAAGAAGUGGCUCAAACAAGUCAAGCCAAACUCUCUCACUACAUGGAGGGAGGUAGUCAAGGCAUUCUUGAAGAGGUUCAUUUCCGAAGAAAAGACCGCCGAGAUGAGAAGGAAGAUUGCAUCAUUUGAACAAGAAGCGGAUGAGAGUCUUAGUGAAGCUUGGGAAAGAUUCAAAGAGUUGUUACAAGCAUGUCCUCAUCAUGAAUACAAUCAAAGCUUGCUCAUGAGAUUCUUCUACGAUGGGUUAGAACCUAUGUAUAGAGCUAACUUGGAUGCGGGGGCGGGUGGCCAAUUGAUUAAAGUCACUCAAAAUCAAGUUGAAGAAACAAUUGAAGAGGUAGUGAAGAACUACUCUUGGGGUGUUAGAAUGAGGAACACACCAAAGAAGUGUGGAAAGUAUGAAUUGGAGAAAGUUAAUCAAUUGCAACAUCAAGUUGAGCGUUUGACAAAAGGGCUUGCAAAGUUGAAUAUUAGUGUUAUUAGUGGGGCAAGCUCCUCCCAAGUCAACUCCUUCUCUUGUCAAAAUUGUGGUGGUACAAACCACGAUACAUCUUAUUGUGGAGGUUUGAGCCCGGAGCAUGUAGCGACAUACAACACAAGGCAAGAUGGAUAUAGGGGAAGUGGCGGUGGAAGAGUUCCUUUUAACUCACCUUCCACCCUACCUAGACAAUCACAAACUAACCCUUCCAAUAUUGUAAAACCCGACUCUUGCAAGGCAAUCACAUUGAGAUUGGGUACGUCCUAUGAGGGUCCCAAGGAUGAGGAUAGUGAGAACAAAAAGGAAGGAGAAGAGAGCGUGAGUCAAGACAAAGAAGUUGAAGAAGAGAAAGUUGUUGAGAAAGAGAGAAGUAUGGAGGAAAAGAAGUCUAAAGAUGUGGUGACAUAUUUAACUUCUAGUGAGGCUAGAAAUCUUAGUCGACCGGUUCCCUUUCCUGGUCGACUUGAGGAGAGGAAGUUGAAUGACAAAUUUGCAAGGUUCCUUAGUGUGAUGAAGAACUUGCACAUAAACCUCCCUUUUAUUGAAGUUGUCACACAAAUGCCUUCAUACUCCAAGUUCUUGAAAUAUAUUCUCACCAACAAAAAGAAGCUUAAUGAUGAGCUUAUCACUCUCCCCCAUCAACUGAGUGCACUUGUUCAACAUAAGAUGCCCAAGAAGAAAAAGUAUUUGGGAAGCUUUACUUUGACGGUAAAGAUUGGGAACAUGGAAGCUAAGGGCGCCUUAGCCGAUCUUGGAGCAAGUGUUAGCUUGAUCCCCCUAUCCAUUGCUCAAAAGCUUAACAUUGAGAUGAUCCCUACAAGGAAGACCAUCCAAUUGGCCGACCGUUCGGUGAAGGUUCCUUGUGGUGAGCUUGAAGAAGUUCCUAUCCAAGUUCGACAUAUAUAUGUGCCUUGUGAUUUCGUAGUGAUGGAUAUGGAGGAGGAUGUCGAUAAUCCCUUGAUUUUGGGUCGUGAAGCUCUCAAGACCUUAGGGGUGGUGAUCAAUUGCAAGAACAACACCAUUACAUAUCGCUUGGGAAGGGUUAUGAUGAGCCCUCAAGAUCCAAUGGUUGAAGCUCUUACAUGCGAGGAAGAGUACCACUCUCAAGAAGCAAAAGAGUUUGUCAUGGCCAUUGAAGAAGCCAAAAAUGAGGAAGAGGAGGAUCCUAGGGAUGAUGAGCUCGAACUAGCAGACGGAAAAUUGGAGGAGACUAAAAGGACUCGUGCUCAUAUACUGGAGCAAGCUCGUCAUAUUCCGUUACCUCACAGUGAAAGUUCAUCUUCGGACGAGGAGGGUGAAUGUAAUUUUUAA